GUACCAUCAUCACUUUAUAUGUGAAAAUGUCCCAUUUUUCAGCUCAACCCCAAUUCCUCACAAAAUAUUCAGCACUAUGAAAAAAUCUCCAUUAGUUUUGCUGUCAAUCAUAAUCACAGUUUUAGAAUUUCAGAUAAGGCAAUCAAACUCACAACAGACAUAUGUGAACAACAAUCAGCUAAGUGGUAGCAACUCCAACACCACACAUGGCUUUCAAUGCAAUGGAAACAGGUCUUCUUGCUCAGCCUAUGUCACCUACCGAUCACAACCACCGUCCUACUCGACUCCGCCAAACAUUGCUUUCCUCCUCAACUCAAACACCUCCACAAUUUCCCGGCUCAACAACAUCUCCGAGUUGGACCCAAUCCCUGCUGACCGCCUUGUGGUCAUACCUGUCACUUGUUCCUGCCGCAACAGCAGCAAUAGUAGCUACUACCAACAUAAUGCACGUUACAGGCUGCAGAACUUGGGUGAAACCUAUUUCUCAAUAGCAAACAACACAUAUCAGGGGUUGACCACUUGGCAAGCUAUGGCGGCUCAGAACAAUAUCAACAUCACCAACCUCAUAAUUGGCGAUGAGCUUUUGGUGCCCCUCAUGUGUGCCUGCCCUACUAAUCAACAACAAAGACAAUACAGGUCUCAGUAUCUGCUGUCUUACAUUACUACUUGGGGUGACGACGUCUCUCAGAUAGCUGAAAUGUUUGGGGUUGAUUAUCAAAGUGUUUUGGAUGCUAAUGAGCUCAGAGAGAAUGAUACUAUUUUCCCUUUUACACCAAUUCUAGUGCCGCUAACAUCACCUUUUACCCACAUAAACCUCCCCUCGCCUCCACCUACUCCGUCCCCUCAAGCUGAGACUCCUGAUAUGCCUGACACCGGUGGUGGUUCUUCCAACAAAGGAGUGUUCAUAGGAAUUGGGAUUGGAGUUGGGGUUUUAGUACUCGUUAUUGGUUCCUUCCUGGUUUGGUUUUUUGUUCUCCGCCCUUCAAGGAAGAAGCCGGUUUCUACCUCCAAGAGCGAGGGGAAAGGUCGUAAGGUUUCUGAAUCAUCAUCCCUUUUCACACCUUUACCAGUAUCUUAUACGAGUAGUCAGACCAGUACCAAAUCAUCAUCUAUUGGUUUGGACGGGUUGAAGCUUGCAAUUGGGUCAUUGACUGCUUACAAGUUCAAGGAAAUUGAGAAAGCAACUGGGAGUUUUGGUGAGGGAAACAAAAUCAAGGGAUCCAUGUAUAGAGGUGAAUUUAAUGGCGAUGAAGCAGCAAUCAAGAUCCUGAAAGGUAAUGUUCCUAACGACGAGAUUAAUAUUUUAAAGCAUAUCAACCACUCGAACAUAACUCGACUAUCUGGGUAUUGCACCCAUGAGGGAAACACUUAUUUGGUAUUUGAAUAUGCUGAGAAGGGUUCACUGGAUGACUGGCUUUUUCGCCAACAGAAACACCAAUCUGUACACUUCGACGACACACUCUCGCAGCCUGUUCUGGGUUGGAAACAAAGAGUCCAAAUUGCCUGUAAUAUAGCUGAUGCCCUGAAUUACUUGCACAGCUAUAUUCAACCUCCUUACAUCCAUAAAAAUCUCAAGACUAGCAAUAUACUCUUAGAUAGCAACUUCCGUGCAAAGAUCACAAACUUCGGGCUAGCAAGAACUCUCAAAGACCAAAGUGAAAGCGGAGUGUUACACUUGACUAAACACGUGGUUGGAACUCAUGGUUACUUAGCCCCCGAGUACAUAGAAAACGGGGCAGUAACCACAAAACUAGACAUAUUUGCUUUUGGGGUUGUAAUGCUCGAGCUCUUAUCAGGAAAACCAGCUGUAAAACCACCAGGAACUAAUAAGGCAGGACCAGAUGAUUUGUUAUUCAUAGUAUUCAGGAAGGUAUUCGAGGGUGAAAACGUAAGGGAGAAGCUCAUGGAAUUCAUGGACUCUAAUCUAGGAAGAGAAUACCCCUUAGAUGUGGCAUACACAGUGGCUCAACUGGGUUACAGAUGUGUUCAUCCAGACAUGAAUUCUCGACCACCAAUUUCUGAAAUCGCCAUGACACUCUCAAAGAUUCUCUCUUCGUCUUUGGAUUGGGAUCCGUCCGACGAACUCGCAAAUUCAUCAUCUAUGAGUCAUACCAGAUGAUUUUUCAGCUCUUACACAACAUCAAUCCAAAACAUCCUAUUACUACAUACACAUUUUGCAAAUCGUUGUAUAAUGUAUUUCAAUGUAAUCAUAGUUAAAAUCAUAUAAUUGCCGAUGUAAAGAGCUAAAUAUCAUAGAAAAAUCUCAUGUAGUAGUACUUUUGAUAAUAAUAUUAGAAUCAUUAUUUCUGAAGGAAAAUAAAAAAACACAGUUUCAACAUAACAAAUUUGCUACUCAUUACUGCUUUGUUGAGAGCGGGAAUCAUCAGUGAUAAAAAGGGUAUCUUCAGAUUCAAGUUGGGUUUUCUCUUUCUUCAAUUUCUCCUCUUCAUACUUCUUCAAUCUUUCAUCCCAU